AUGGUGGAAUAUUAUCAGCAACCACCUUAUCAUCAGAAGCCUGGCUAUGACUAUACCCAACAAGAAGAGGAAUGGGAUCGGGAAGGAUUACUUGACCCAGCCUGGGAAAAGCAACAAAAGAAGACAUUCACAGCAUGGUGCAAUAGUCAUCUAAGAAAAGCUGGCACUAGCAUCGAAGUUAUUGAGGAAGAUUUCAGAAAUGGCUUGAAAUUAAUGCUACUACUAGAAGUGAUAUCAGGCGAAGCACUUCCUCGACCUGACCGUGGAAAAAUGCGCUUCCAUAAGAUUGCCAAUGUCAACAAAGCUUUAGAAUAUAUCGAAAGUAAAGGUGUAAAGUUGGUCUCCAUCGGAGCUGAAGAAAUUGUGGACGGUAAUGUAAAAAUGACCCUUGGCCUUAUUUGGACAAUUAUUCUUCGCUUUGCAAUUCAAGACAUAAAUGUUGAAGAAUUAUCAGCUCGUGAUGGAUUAUUAUUAUGGUGCCAACGUAAAACUGCUCCUUACAGUAAUGUAAACGUGCAGAAUUUCCAUACGAGCUGGAAAGACGGCUUAGCAUUUUGCGCGUUAAUUCAUCGUCACCGGCCAGAACUGAUUGAUUAUUCAAAACUGCAUAAGGGUGAUCCAUUACACAACCUGAAUCUAGCUUUUGAUGUAGCAGAAAAAUGCUUGGAUAUACCAAGGAUGCUUGAUGCAGAAGAUCUCAUCCACAGCCAAAAGCCAGAUGAAAAAUCGGUUAUGACUUACGUGUCAUGUUUCUAUCAUGCAUUUCGCGGUGGUCAACAGGCUGAGACAGCAGCUCAUCGCAUAAAUCGAGUGCUAAAGGUUAAUCAAGAAAAUGAAAGAAUGAUGGAAGACUAUGAAAGUAUGGCAAGUGAUCUUUUGGCUUGGAUUCGUCGUUGGAUGCCAUGGCUAGCGAAUAGAUCAAGUAAUGAAUCAUUGGAUACAAUUCGCAGAAAGUUGGAUGAUUUUAGGAAUUAUCGCAGGAGGGAGAAGCCGCCCAGAGUGGAAGAAAAAGGAAACUUAGAAACGCUCUUCAAUACUUUGCAGACAAAACUUAGGCUGAGCAAUCGACCCGCGUUUUUGCCUACUGAAGGACAUCUCAUUAAAGAUAUCAAUUCUGCUUGGCGUGGUUUGGAGGAUUCCGAGAAAGGUUUCGAGGAAUGGCUUUUGAGUGAAAUGAUGAGAUUGGAGAGGUUAGAACAUCUUGCGGAAAAAUUCCGUCGCAAGUGUGCCUUAUAUGAAGAAUGGGCCCAUGGCAAAGAAGGCGCACUUCGUUCAUCUGAUUGGAAAUCUUGUGGAUUAUAUAAGAUCAAAGCUCUACGUAAAAGACACGAAGCUUUCGAAAGUGAUCUUGGAGCUCACCAAGAUAGGGUAGAACAAAUCACCGCUAUUGCUCGAGAACUCAACAAUCUGAGAUAUCCUGAUAUAAAUCCAAUUAAUGCAAGAUGUCAGAACAUCUGUGAUCAGUGGGAUCGUCUUGGUAGUUUAUCGCAACAACGACGUAAGCAGCUAGAGGAUGCAGAACGCGUCGCAGAGCGCCUCGACAGACUAUAUCUCGACUUCGCAAAGCGUGCAGCACCAUUUAAUAACUGGCUUGACGGAGCACGUGAAGACUUAGCUGAUAUUGUCAUUGUUCAUGAAAUGAAAGAAGUACAGGAAUUGCUCAAUGCUCACAAUCACUUCAAAUCAACAAUAUCCGAUGCUGAUAACGAAUUCAGAGAAAUUGUGAAUAUCGAACGAGAAACAAUUCAAUUAGUCGAACAGAAUAAUUUGGAUCGUGAAUUGUUGAAGAAUCCUUACACUGAUUUAUCAGCCGCUGAAAUUCGCCGCAAGUGGCAGGAAGUGCAGCAAGCAGUACCAUCUCGCGAUGCUCAGCUGCAAAGUGAAUGUCACCGGCAGCGAAAUAACGAAAGAUUGCGACAGUUAUUUGCUGAGAAAGCUAAUGCGACUGGGCCUUGGCUCGAGAAACAACUGGAGCAGGUCUUGGCCAUUGGGCUCGGAGGACGAGGCAGCCUGGAAAGCGUUGUCUCUCACAAAAAAUUUUGCAAAAUAAAACACAACUUUGAUUUGAAGCUAGAAGAACUGGAAAGAAUAAAUCAGGAAAUGCAAGAAAAUUACGUGUUUGAAAAUCGUCUGACACGUUAUUCUAUGGAAUCACUACGUGUUGGUUGGGAAUCUCUUCUGACAUCAAUCAAUAAAACUAUUAACGAAUUUGAAAAUCAGGCAUGUCUAUACUAUAUUUACGUUAAAAUUUGCACAUAUUCCUAUAACUGA